AGCCCUGACCUAACAUCGCCCAUAGUGCAGCAGUGGAUGUGUGUAAUGUGAAGGCUGGUUGUCGAGGAGGACGCUGACAUUCGGUAUCUGUGGUUACUCGUGAACUUUUGAUGCAACUGGAACAAGACAAGCCAUGGGGAGGCCAGUGUUCAUAGUUCCUCUGAUCCUGUUGGCUGUGAUGCUUAUGGGCACUGGGGCCAACAAUUGUGUGUGCACUGGAAAAUCAAGGUGCCACUGUAAAGGAGUGAAAGGCAGCAGGGGAGACAAAGGUUUUCCAGGAGUACCAGGUCCCCCAGGGCCAGAGGGCCGUCCAGGAUCAGAUGGUCCUGUUGGGCCUAUGGGACUAAAGGGAAACACUGGGCCUGAUGGAUCCGAGGGACAAAUAGGCGAUCCGGGACCUCAGGGCAAAGACGGAUUUGCUGGGUCUCAUGGUUUACCGGGUUUCCCAGGUUUACAAGGUCCUCCAGGACCCCCAGGGACCCCAGGCUGCAAUGGAACAGAUGGAGAAGAUGGACCUCCUGGUGUUCCCGGGGCCCCUGGCAUUGAUGGACAUGCUGGCCCACCUGGCCUGCCUGGACCUAAGGGAGAAUCUUGGGCAUCAGUGAACGCAAGACCAGGGCCACCUGGGCCACCUGGGAGGGACGGACUGCCGGGAGAUCCAGGUUCCCCUGGAAUAUAUGGGCCAGCAGGGGAUCCUGGACCACGGGGCUCUGUCGGGUUUCCUGGUCGUCCAGGGGCUCCAGGAUCUAAGGGUCAAGAAGGCAUAGGCGGUAUCCCAGGACCACGUGGCCCAAAGGGGAGAUCGGGACCACUAGGCCUACCAGGGCCACCAGGUCGGAUUAGGGAGUUUUUCUCCGAGAUUCUCUUGUUAAAGGGUGUCAAAGGAGACGAAGGAAAUGUAGGGGGAAAGGGCUGCAGGGGCGCACCAGGAGACCCUGGUUAUGGCUUUUACACCAAAGGAGCAAAGGGGGACAAAGGAUUGGAGGGUCCAGAAGGAAAGUCAGGGAAGGAUGGUGAUCCUGGACACCCUGGAUUGAGGGGAAGGCCUGGCCGCAGAGGUGAUCCGGGAUAUCCAGGGACACCAGGAGGGAUGGGUGAAAAGGGAAAUCGUGGUCUGCCUGGUCCAUCUGGAGAUAUAAUUGGGCCUGUAACUGAACCACUCAAAGGAUACCGUGGAGAUCCUGGCCCCCCAGGCCCACCUGGGCUUCCUGGAAAUCAGGGUAUUGUGGGGUUUCCUGGACCUGAUGGACCUCCAGGCCAUGCGUCUGGGAUUUAUGUUCCAGGCGCACAGGGUCCCAGUGGCUUUCCAGGCCCCAAAGGAGACCCUGGGGAGCCAGGGGAUAUAUAUAUGGGACUCCCAGGUCUUAAUGGGGAUGCUGGUGAUCAAGGGCCUCCUGGAGAUAGGGGCCCCCCUGGACCUCCUGAAGACAGAAUAAACAGGAUUACCAAGGGUUUCCCAGGAAUAAAGGGAAUCAGGGGUUCACCUGGACCUAUGGGAUAUAAUGGGACGUUUGGAAUGAAAGGAGUGAAGGGGGAGCCCUGUUAUGAGUGUUUGGGAUCAGGACCCCCGGGACCUCCAGGUCCCCGUGGUCCACCUGGCAUCCCUGGCUACAAUCAAGGACCAGGUGAUAAAGGUGAUCCGGGCUUUCCAGGACGUCAAGGCUUACCUGGAAGACCAGGUCCUGUUGGUCAAAUGGGAUUUCCAGGCCCACCAGGGGAAAAGGGGGAAACUUCUUACGACAUACCUGGGAUGAAGGGUGAGAACGGAGAUCCAGGACGGCCUGGUGGGCCUGGUACAGAUGGCCUCCCUGGGGUUCCCGGGCGUCCGGGUCGCAAAGGCAAUCGUGGGCCUCCAGGGGAUUCGUAUCCCUUCCCAGGUGCAGAGGGAGACCGUGGUUUACCAGGUCCUCCAGGGCCUUUAGGCAGACCGGGAACAGUUGGCUACCCUGGGCCAGUGGGAUAUGGCCCUGCUGGAUUUCCAGGAAGUAAGGGAGACGUUGGGGUACCUGGCCUGCCAGGACAGACUGGAAUUCCAGGCCAGAAAGGUGAACCUAGCCACAUCCACGCCAAAGGACUUCCUGGACCACCUGGAUUUAAAGGUCUGCCUGGGUCAUCUGGAAGCAGAGGUAAUCAAGGAGUGUCAGGUAUCCCAGGAACACCAGGUUUUCCAGGACAGAAAGGAGAAAGAGGCGAUGUGUCAUUUCCUGGAAGGCCGGGGGUCCUAGGACAGAAAGGUGACAAGGGGCAACCAGGUCUCCCAGGAUUUCCAGGUACGGGCUUGCCUGGUCGGCCAGGUCAACCAGGUGCUCCUGGUCCUCCAGGAUUGAAGGGUGAGGGUGGCCCUGGAUACCCUGGCCCUAUAGGCCCCCCAGGGCCUCCAGGAGAAGAUGGAGCUCAGGGGCCUGUAGGAGAUCCUGGGAGUCCUGGUCUACCUGGAAGCCCAGGACUUAUUGGCAAACUGGGUCUUCCUGGAGAAAAAGGAAGCAAAGGUUCUGUAGGCCCCUCUGGGCUACCUGGUAAUAAAGAUUCAUGUAAAGGUGGUUUACCUGGACAAAGGGGACCACCAGGACCAGAUGGUCAUACAGGACAUCCAGGAACCAAUGGCUUGCCAGGUGAGAAGGGGAAUGCAGGUUUGCCAGGGUUUGGUCGCCCUGGUCCCCCUGGUGAUCCUGGUCCCAUCGGGCCAUCGGUGCCAGGUUUACGCGGGCUUUCUGGACAAAAAGGGAUCAAGGGACAAAGCGGCCUACCUGGUCAACCUGGACUGAGAGGAGACCCUGGACUAGAUGGGAUACCAGGAUAUGGCCCAGAAGGGUUGCCUGGAAUUAUAGGACCCCCAGGCGAAAUAGGUGCCCCUGGCCGAGACGGAGCCAAAGGUUCCCAGGGUCCUCCAGGUAUGGAAGGGGAAACAGGUUCCACUGGUCCGCGAGGCCCUCAACAAUUAAUCAACAUCUCAGGGCCACCAGGGGACCCCGGCGAUCCAGGUUACCCUGGUCUUCCUGGUGUCUGUGGAGAGACUGGACGUAUUGGACCAAAAGGGCAGAGAGGGAUAGAUGGAGUACUAGGGGGCCCUGGACAAAGGGGUCCACCAGGUGAUCCAGGUAUUGAUGGACCAGUGGUCUCAGAAGGAAGUCAAGGACCUGCUGGAGCCCCAGGUGAUUCAGGAGUCAGAGGGCUUCCAGGCCCAAAGGGAAUAAAGGGAGAUCAAGGAAUCCCUGGAGGUCCAGGUCCAAAUGGUGCACCGGGUCCAACUGGUCACAAAGGAGUUACUGGAGAGCCUAACUUCUAUGGAUAUGGUCGGCCUGGACUAGCAGGACAAAAGGGUGAACCAGGUUUAAGUAAUACCAAUAUGAAGAAAGGUCAGAAAGGUGAAUCUGGUGUUUUUGGGGCUGUAGGUCUACCAGGAAACCUUGGAGAGAAAGGAAACCCAGGACCUGUUGGACAAAAUGGUUCACCAGGCUAUCAAGGGCCUAGAGGUUCAGACGGGCCGGCAGGAAGUAAAGGACACCCAGGACCUAAUGGACCACCAGGUAACCCAGGUCUGCCGGGUGUCAGUGGUUAUCCAGGUUCUAAAGGCAACAAGGGCCGGGAUGGGAUUCCGGGGCCGCAAGGACAAAAAGGAGAUACUAUCACAAUGAAAGGGGUGCCUGGCAGGCUUGGUGACACAGGUCAACCAGGUCCCCCUGGGAACCCUGGACCCCCUGGCUUGUCUGUUACAGGGAGUCCUGGACCGAAAGGAGACAGAGGAAUUUCUGGUCUACCUGGGGUCUCUGGUCCAAGAGGACUGCCAGGAAGAGAAGGGGCUUGUAUUACUGGGUCAAAAGGAGACCGUGGCCUUCCUGGUAAACCUGGUUACCAAGGAUCCCCUGGCCUACCUGGCCCUCCAGGUCCCACAGUGCCUGGGUUAAAAGGAGACAGAGGGGACCCAGGUCUUACAGGAAGCCCAGGCUAUAGUGGACCCCCUGGAGAUCCAGGCUUUCAAGGACCACCUGGUGCAAGAGGCAGACCUGGAGGCCCAGGACCAAGAGGUGAUCCUGGUCCACCUGGAAUCCAAGGGCCCCCUGGUAAUGAGGGAGAUCCUGGAUACAUCCCAGGUCCACAUGGUCCACCUGGGAAGAAAGGUUUUCCUGGACGACCUGGCUUCAAAGGGGAACCAGCAUUUGGUAAAGUGAUUUAUGAACCAGGACCUCCUGGCUUACCUGGUCCCCCUGGCAAUGGAGGAGCCCCAGGAAGUACUGGACCAUCAGGACCUACAGGCCAUUCAGGCAAGCCAGGUGUCAAAGGACAGCGUGGUACCAGCCCAGUCGGCCAGCCAGGAUCUACUGGCCACAAAGGAGACAAAGGAAUAGCAGGACUGCCAGGUCCAGAAGGCAGACGUGGAGUCCCAGGCCGGAAGGGUCUUCCCGGGUUGCCAGGCAGAGGUUGUCUAGGUUUUGUGGACAGUUUCCUGAUAGCUAGACACAGCCAGAGCAUCCAAAUCCCUGACUGCCCUAUUGGCACCAGCCUCAUGUACUCUGGCUACUCCUUCCUCUUCAUCAACGGAAAUGAGAGAGCUCAUGGUCAGGACCUUGGCACCAUGGGAAGCUGUCUCCCUCGUUUCUCUACCAUGCCCUUCCUGUUCUGUGACACAGAAAGUAAUUGCCGCUAUGCAUCUCGUAACGACUACUCCUACUGGUUGUCCACUGACACGCCUAUGCCUACCAACAUGGUUGCCAUCACAGGGGAUAAGCUUGCCUCCUACAUCAGCAGGUGCUCAGUGUGUGAAACCACUUCCAAUGUCAUAGCCGUCCAUAGCCAGACAACUCUGAUACCUGACUGUCCCGGAGGAUGGGAGUCCCUAUGGGCUGGAUACUCAUUUGUCAUGCAAACGGGUGCUGGAGCAGAGGGCUCCUCCCAGCCCCUGGUUUCUCCUGGCUCAUGUUUGGAAAGGUUCCACCAAGUGCCCUUCAUCGAAUGUCACGGCAGGGGAACAUGUAACUAUUACCCUGAUUCCUAUAGCUACUGGCUAGCCUCCAUAGACCCCAACAACAUGUUCAGCAAACCCGUUCCUCAGACAGUGAAGGCACCUUCUUUACAAAGUGUCAUCAGCCGUUGUCGAGUCUGCAGGAAACCAUGGCAACCUGGGACAGAUGAUAGACGCGGGGACAGUUGUUAACAUUAAGUAUCCAUUUUUUCAAUGUAAUUAUGAAAAUAUGAUCAAUGAGAGAAAAAAUUGUGUCUAGUGUGCAUAUCUGUUUGUUAAACUACUGCUUUCAUGUUACAAACCUGUGUUUAUGAAUCUUAUCUCUGAAAAAAAAAAACUCUCUCUCCAAUUAUUUUUAAUGGCAGUUAUUGUAUAAGAUCUGAUGAUAAUGUACAUUAAAAUCAAUAAAACAUCAGAGUUUCAUCCUA